GUGCUGUAUCCGUACUUGGGGCAUUCUCGGUCGCGUCCCCACAUCACCAACCUGAGGCAGCAACAACCCCGAGCUCGAGACCCAGGAAGCUUCAAUCCGGCAACUGGAUCGACUCGAUCGCUCAGCACAUUGCGACUCUUAACGACGCCUUGUCGGCCGCCAAGAUGUCGAACCCAACAUCUCAGACGUACCAGUGGCCGAGCAAGACAGUCAAGACUGACUACCCUCUCAUCGACAAUGACCCACACUUCAUGCGCGUAGUCCGGUACGCCCGUACGUCCGACUAUGCACACGGCGUCGGUGCCGGCCUCGCUGGCCCUGGCCUGCUCUACGCCAUGGAGAGGUUCGCCCCGUCGCAGGUUGGCAAGGGCGGCUUUGCCCAGGCUAUGCGGCUAGCUGGCUUUAUCGGCCUGACCGGCGGCUUCCUCUACUACUACCAGCGUUCCAUCCUCCGGUUCUACGGCAUGAGCGAGAACGCCCGGGAGGUUCAAAUGGACAUGCGCGAGAUGGUCGACAAAGUCAAGGCCGGCGAGUCACUCUACGGCGAGAGUAAGCUGACCCCCGCCAUGCAGGGUGUCGCCGCCCGCCAGUCGAGGUACUCGGCCCUCUUUUUCGGCGUCCUUCCCUGGUUCAACUUUGUGAACCACAGCCAACAUGGCAUCGACACGGCCAAGUACUACCAGCAAGCGGAGCGGGAACUAGAGGCUGAACGCUUGGGCAAGGGCUCGUCAUGAGCAGGUAGCCAGUGGAAGGGGCGGGCUGCUGCAAGCGGAGGUGGUGCGGAGAUGCAUGGGCGAGGCACCAGGUCCCAUGUCAGGUCGGGGCGCCGGGUGUACAUAUGACAUUUAGACGACGGCCCCGCAGGUCUCGAGUCAACACACAUUUCUUUUUUUGCGUUAACACAAAGAAAUCCGGUUAAAAAGUCCUAUUAUCGUCUUUUCGCAUACCUGUGGCUAGGAGGAAGCCAAGCGCUGCCCUUCCG